AACACACUACGCUUCGAUACACUGAAUCCUUUUUGGGUUCAUGACUGAGGGCUUUGGUAUAAGCGGUAAAAUAAAAUCUUUAUUUCGGGGCAUUAUACCGUAAUUUAUUCCUUUAUGUGGAUCUGUUCUGGCAUUUUUAAAGGUUUUGAUGCUAUGGCCUCCCUCAUGUUGAAGCAGCUGACUGGCACCCUGACUCGUCACGCAGUCCAGAUGAGCCGGUGUAAUCUGAUGCCACCUGCAGCUAGUGCUUACAGAAGUGUGUGCAGCCUUACCACAGCCCCUUGCACGCUGCUCUUGUCAUUGGCCAGAUUGGGCUCCUCUGCUGACUGUGGACCAUCUCUUCUGGGACAGUGUCACCACCUUUUCAGCAUUCAGCCAUCUGUAGGGAUGAAAACCAAAAGUGUCCUGAAGAAGCGCUGCAAAGAUUGUUAUGUUGUGAGGCGGAAGGGACGUUUGUAUGUGUACUGCAAGACGCAUCCAAGACACAAGCAGAGGAAAGGCUAAAAUUCUCCACAGUAAUGGAUUAAUUAUCAAAUUGUUUGAUUUUGGAGAACUGUGAUGGCAAUAAACUGUUUGCUUGGCA